AUGAAAAAGGAAUCCGCAAAUGACGCACGUCAUUUUCACUGUAAUGAUUGGCGUGAAAUGCUGGCUGUGGUUAAUGCAUCUAACAAGAAAUCUAUUAGCAAUUAUACAACGCAAACAGAUAAGGAUUCAUCACCGAAAUGUUUUACGUCAGCACCACUAGAUGUAUGCGCAACGCCAACUUCAUUAACAAGUACAAUACAUAUGAGAACAAGGGCUACUAGUUCAACUUCACUGUUGCAAAAUAAUUGGGUAGAACAAACGUUCAAAAAACGUGAAUGCAUCCAGUUUAUACCGAGUAAUCGAUAUCCUGACAAAUGUGGUUGUGGAAAGUUGAAACGAAAUCACAUUUCAAGUCGACAGUGCUCAACAUGGACCAUUCCUUCAACUGAAAGGAUUCAAAAUGUGGCACGAAGCGACGAAGAAGUAGAGCAGGAGAUGACUGGUUGCGAAAGUGAGGUUGGAUUAUCAGUAAAGCAACCUGCUAAGGGUAGUGAGAGGUGGACGAUAAGGAAGCAUACAGCUUUAUUCCCAACCGAUGCUUAUGGAACAAUUGAAUUUCAAGGUGCACCUCACCCGUAUAAGGCGCAAUAUUUGAGGUUGACAGUCGAAUCAAAUCCGGCUGAUAUUAUGGUUUUAUUCGAAUCUGUCUGGAACGUUCCAGCUCCGAAAUUAAUUAUUACAGUUCAUGGAGGCAUGACCGAUUUUGACUUACAACCAAAAUUAGCACGAGUAUUCCGUAAAGGUUUGUUAAAAGCAGCGAAAACCACCGGUGCAUGGAUUAUUACUGCAGGCAUCAACGCUGGUGUAGUUCGUCAAGUUGCAGCAGCAGUGGAUGGUUCGGGUAGUGUUUCACGGGAUCGUUCCAAAAUAGUCACCAUUGGUAUUGCUCCAUGGGGUUUAUUAAAGAAGAGAGACAACCUUCUGGGACAAGAUGCAAUUGUUUCAUAUCACCCGCAUUCCUUCUCUCCUAAAGGGAGAUUUGCUGUACUGAACAACAGACAUUCUUAUUUUCUACUUGUUGAUAAUGGUACUGUAGGCCGUUAUGGGGCUGAUGUGAUACUGAGGAAAAGACUAGAAUCAUAUAUUUCUGAAAAACGAACACUUGGUAACGGAACACGGAGCGUUCCGGUUGUUUGCGUUGUCCUGGAAGGUGGAACUUGUACAAUUAAAGCAGUUUACGAUUGUGUCUGCAUGUCACCACGAGUUCCUGUUGUUGUCUGUGAUGGGAGUGGUCGAGCAGCUGAUUUAUUAGCAUUUGCACAUCAAUACGUACAAGAAGAUGGGCAAUUACCCGAAGGUGUCAAGCCUCAGUUGUUCAGUUUAGUCCAAUAUGUAUUUGGUUAUGAUGUUAUUGCAGCUGAAAAGCUACUAGAACAGUUGAUGUUAUGUGUUCGUCAAAGACAUUUGAUAACGGUUUUUCGUUUGGGUGAGGACCAAAAACAAGAUGUCGAUCAUGCAAUAUUGACGGCUUUACUGAAGGAGCAGAAUUUGUCUGCACCAGAUCAACUUGCUUUAGCAUUGGCUUGGAACCGUGUUGAUAUAGCACGAUCAGAUAUAUUUGUACUGGGACAAGAUUGGCCAAAGGCAGCCCUUCAUAAUGCGAUGAUGGAAGCUUUAAUAAAUGAUCGGGUUGAUUUUGUUCGUUUAUUGCUUGAAAAUGGCGUCAGUAUGGGUAACUUUUUGACUAUUGGACGGUUGGAAGAGUUGUACAAUACGGAUAAAGGACCGCCUAAUACGCUGUUCUACGUGGUGCGAGAUGUUGUUAAAAUUCGUGACGGAUAUCGUUAUCGGCUACCUCACAUUGGUCUUGCAAUUGAAAAACUUAUGGGCUACGCUUACAAAUCAUCCUAUACAACUGAGCCUUUCCGUUCCAAAUAUGUUAUUUAUAGAAAUAAAUUGAAGAAACUUCGGAAACAGAACCAGGAUAGUGUUAGGGAUUCUUUAGCAUCUGACGGUUAUAUUACAUCAUUACCAAAUCCUGAUAAUCUUGCCACGGAUGCUGUUUUGGCUGCAUGUUCUGGAAAUCGUGCAUUAAGCCAUCAUAUAUUAUGGCGCUCAAGACGGGAUAAUCCUGCAAGUAAUUUUGGAAUAAUAGCACCACCGAAACCAGCUACAACACAGGAAACGGCUAUUGAUAUUGAAAAUGAAUCCUUAUGCUCAGAUAUGGAAAGGGGUUUGGAUGAUUUCAAAUAUCCGUUCAACGAACUUCUUGUUUGGGCUGUUUUAACUAAACGACAAGAGAUGGCAUUAUGUAUGUGGCAACAUGGUGAAGAAGCUAUGGCAAAGGCUUUGGUAGCUUGCCGACUGUAUAAGAGUUUAGCAAAAGAAGCUGCAGAAGAUUAUUUAGAAGUUGAAAUUUGUGAAGAAUUAAAGAAUCAUGCGGAGGAUUUCCGUAAACUUUCAUUGUCAUUAUUGGAACACUGCUACAACCAUGACGAUGCACAAACUCUUCAGUUGCUUACUUAUGAAUUAAUCAGUUGGGGGAAUGAAACGUGUCUUUCACUUGCCGUAAUGGUCAAUAAUAAACAAUUUUUGGCCCAUCCAUGUUGUCAGAUCUUAUUGGCUGAUUUAUGGCAUGGCGGUUUAAGGAUGCGCAGUCAUUCCAAUCUUAAAGUGUUGUUUGGUUUAUUCUGCCCGCUGACCAUAUUUCUGUUGGAAUUCAAAUCACGUGAAGAAUUGUUGCUACAACCACAAACUGCAGCAGAGCAUGAAAAUGACCUCAAUGAUAGUUCCAGUUCUAGUUCUAGUUCCGGGACUGACUCAUCAUCAGAUUCGGAUUUCAGUUCGGAUGAUGAGCUUCAAGAUAAUGAGCAAGAUGGAGAAAGGCGAAGAAAUUCAACAGAAAGUGCACAAUCAGUGAAUUUAGCUGGCAGUAGACGAAAACGCAUUCGACCUCAUCUCAAAGACGGUAGUUCUGUGUCAAAUGGUGGAAAUGUAACGUCACCACAUGAAGUUAUCGAAAUUGUUAAUGUUAAUACAUUAGCUGCCACCAAUGGUGCAGGAGCUAUAUUCAGUUCUCCUGGAAGUCACGCGCGAAGCGCUUCGAUAUCAUCUGUUAAAAGUCGAGUCAGUCAACAGCAACAAGCUGGAAUUACGCCACGUAAAACGCCGCCGAAGCAACUUUCCGCAAAUAAAAAAGAACGUAUUAUUCAUCGGGAAACUUGUGGAUCGCUAGCAAAUUGUGUUUGUGGGAUAGUGAAAGGUAAAAAUUUGCAACGUAAAUUCGAUACAUGCGAUCAUGGCAAUAAGUCUGCACCUCCAUCACUUUCCAGAAUGGUUACAAUAGCCGGACAGAGCGUCCAUCACAUGAGACCUAUCAAAUUUCGUCGGAAAUUGUAUGAAUUUUAUGUAGCGCCGAUAACAACGUUUUGGGCGUGGGCGAUUACUUUUUGUGUAUUCUUAUGUUGCUUUGCUUAUGUAUUACUGGUUAGAACAAUGAUCAGGCCAACAUGGUUGGAGUGGCUUGUGUUUGCAUAUGUUGUUGUAUUUGGUUUAGAACAUUUGCGCAAGUUCAUUAUGUCAGAACCAGAGUCGCUUGCUCAAAAAGCCAAGUAUUUUUUCAAUAAUACCUGGAAUUUAUUGGCAACUUUAGCCGUCACAACAUAUUUAAUUGGGUUUGGAUUACGAUUGGAUGCAAAGCAUGAGUCAAUAAGAGCAGUUGGAAGGGUAAUAUUGGCAUGUAAUUCGAUGCUUUGGUCCAUUAAAUUGUUGGAUUUUAUAAGUGUACAUCCUCGUAUGGGACCUUAUAUCACUAUGGCUGGAAAAAUGAUCCAAAAUAUGCUCUACAUCAUCGUACUGUUGUUUGUUUCAAUGUUGGCAUUCGGUUUGGCUCGACAGUCAAUCACUUAUCCUGAUGAAAGCUGGCACUGGCUUCUUUUACGAAAUAUCUUUUAUAAGCCAUAUUUCAUGCUUUACGGAGAAGUAUAUGCUGGAGAAAUUGAUACGUGUGGGGAUGGAGCUUGGGACACACAUAUUGCGAAAGGCGUAGCCAUCAAUGAUCUGUAUAAUGGAACACGUUUUGAUCAAAGUUGUCCGCAUGGAUAUUGGGUACCGCCACUGUUGAUGACAGGUUUCCUGCUCAUUGCAAACAUCUUAUUGAUGAGCAUGCUUUUGGCAAUUUUCAAUAACAUUUUUGAAAAAACGGAUCGAGUUUCGAAGGAAAUUUGGCUUUUCCAACGUUAUCGGCAAGUUAUGGAGUAUGAAAGUACACCUUUUCUUCCUCCUCCCCUUACACCUCUCUAUUAUUUGUGGAUGAUUUUCAAAUGCAUCAAGACUAAAAGAAAGUGCACAGCAAAUUCAAAGCUUGCGAGGAAGACGAAUUCGAAGCUUUUUGAUUUCGCCUUAAAGUUGUUUCUGGAUGCUGAUCAAGUGGAAAAAAUACAUGAUUUUGAAGAAGAAUGUAUGGGAGAUUUAGCUCGUGAAAAAGACUAUGAGAGGAGUACAUCAACAGAAGAAAGGAUUCAUCGAACUGCAGAUAGAACUGAUCUCAUACUUGUUCGAUUAAAUGAUCUCGCAAGUAAGGAGUCAAUCCUCAAAACAACAGUACGUGAUUUGGAUCGUCGUAUGGAGAUCAUAGAAAGCAGACAACACGAAAUGCUUGAUUAUAUGCGCCAAAUAGCUAAUGCUGCACCGUAUCUGUUCCCAAAAGUAUCACGGCAGAGCAACAACAGUUGUCCUAUGUCAUCGUUGCAGUCCAGCUCGUCUACGGAUGAACGUGGUCAUGGGAAUAUAUCGGGUACUGCAGAUUUAACAAAUCUCUCAAAAACUGAUUACUUAUCAAGAAAGGAAAGGUUAGAAACUGAGUCUUUGGGGAAUUGCUGCAGAAAUUCAUCGAAAGAAGAAGAUAACAACUUUACUAGUCGUGCUCCUCCGGCUGGCCGAAGAAAACGUGCCCGUACAACAACAGUAACGAGUUGUGUCGAAGUUCAUGCUAGUUCACAAACGGAAAGUAUUGGUUUUGGUCGUUUUGGAAGUCUGUUGUCUUUGAAUCCAGCUGUGUUGAAUCGUGGAAACGAUAAUUCUACGAUCAGGAAGAGGAGUUUGUGUGUAACAGAUGUUGUAAGACGUGCAAGACGACAUGAAGAAUAUACAUCAAUAACCGACGCGAUUGAUUUGGAUGAGUCCUCACAACCUGACAAGAGCCACUUUUGUGAUAAUGAUCUUUCCAAAGCACAUAAUGGUCACCAUGUGGAAAAUGACGAUUUAGUUGAUGAUGAUAACAUGGAACCACCGUAUAAUGGAACAAUUACGCCAACAACAACCUUACGAAGAGCGAAAGAAAGCUUUUUGCGUCAACAGAAUGAUAUUUUUAAGGAAUAUGAAGAACAAGUCAUGGUUACUGGUGCUGGAGAAUCAGUUCCUGUCAAUGAAAAUGAUGUUGGAGACGAAAUACUGAGUGGUUUUAGUGAUAUGGGCGAGGAAUCGAGGACUGUUCUUGGGGAUGAAGAGCUUCCGGAUUCCAGCAAGGAAUAUAUCGAAUUUUGUGUUGAGCGGCAUUCAGAAGACGAAUCAAUGUCUUCCUGUACUGCCACAUUAUCGGACAAGUUAACUUCUAAUACAAAAGCACAGUCGAUGCAUCCGGAUGUGAGACCCGUUACUUUGCCUUCUGAUUAGGUUGGAAAUAUUCGAAUUGAAUUUAUUGUUCUGUUAAUGGACGCGAAUGCCAUCUUCAACUUUUAUUUUCGCACUUUGUACUUUGUUCAGGAAAGCUUGGAAAAUAAGCUAGUCAUAUUAAAGAUAUGAAAUUUCAAAAUUAUGC